ACGAAAAGCAUUAUAAACCUUGGCCUUUUGUUUGAAGGUUGGUGAGACUGCAAAAUCGGAACGCGCAUCCCAGAGUGAGGAAAAGAGUUGUUUCUACGGGUUUCGCGAGUCAAGUGUGGGGUCAGAAUUCAUAAGAGAAAAAACCUGAAUCAGCAAAUCAAAUCCAAAACCGGUUAUCGGAAUCGAAGUUCAAAGAUUACCAAAUCUGUGACUGCUAAUCAAAGCAGUGAGCCAAAGCUGCGAAUUCAAACUUGGUUGCAUGCGAAGAGCCCGAAAUAUGAGACCAAACAUAGUUUCUGAGGCAGGGUUGCCUACUAGGAUGAAUCAAUGGUGGGAAAACAUUCCAUUUCUCACUUCUGCAGUGGUGGUUGUCUGUGGAGUCAUUUACUUGGUUUGUCUUUUGGUUGGAUACGAUUCCUUUGCUGAGGUUUGCUUCUUGCCAUCUGCUGUUGUGUCACGGUUUCAAGUUUACAGGUUUUAUACUUCCAUUAUCUUCCAUGGUUCACUGCUUCAUGUUCUCUUCAACAUGAUGGCUUUAGUUCCCUUGGGGUCUGAGCUGGAGAGGAUCAUGGGCUCAGUUCGCUUGCUAUAUGUCAUUAUUUUGUUGGCUACAAGCAAUGCCAUAUUCCACGUGCUCAUAGCACUGCUGGUGGCACACAAUCCUGUUCUUACAUAUGAUUACCUCAUGAAUGAGUGUGCCAUAGGCUUCUCAGGAGUUCUAUUUUCAAUGAUUGUUAUAGAGACAAGCUUGAGUGGAGUUCAAUCCAGGAGUGUUUUUGGAUUGUUUAAUGUGCCUGCCAAGUGGUAUGCAUUCUUUUUGUUGGUAGUAUUCCAGCUUCUCAUGCAAAAUGUUUCACUACUUGGGCACCUUUGUGGCAUUUUAUCUGGGUUUGCAUAUACAUAUGGAUUGUUUAAUUUCCUCAUACCUGGAACCACUUUUUAUUCUUCUAUUGAAUCCUCGUCUUGGCUUUCAUCAUGUGUGAGACGUCCAAAAUUUAUCGUUUGCACGGGUGGAAAUCCUUCGGGUUAUAUUCCUACACAUACAAACCAAAAUUCAACAGGUGGCUUGCUUUCUGGAAAUAUUUGGAGGAACCUGUCUUCAUUGAUGCCUCAAAGGGAAGUGUCUACUCAGUCAACUGAGGACAGUAGGUUCCCUGGGAGGGGAAGGACCCUUGGUUCUGGUCAAGAUCAAGCUCCUUCUCAUCUUCAUUCAGAUUCAAAUCUUCAAGAAAGACUUUUGGAGGAUAGUAGUCCCAAUAAUCCUUUAGUUUCAUCCACUCCUAGUAACACUCAUCAGUUAUCAGAAGGAAGGCAUUCAGCUGUUAAUGUAGCUACAACGACUGCUGUUCCACAGCAUCAGGGUGCAGUCGUUUCGGAAGAAGGGAUUAAAAAACUCGUAUCAAUGGGCUUUGACAGGACGCAAGUGGAAGUGGCGCUUGCAGCUGCUGAUGGUAAUAUCAAUGUUGCAGUGGAAAUACUCAUGAGCCAGCAGAGUUGAAAAGAAAACUUCUGUUGGAUUCUCGUAGAGACUUCCCUGACACUGUUAGUUGAGUGUGUCGCUGCACUUUGUUCAAUUACCGUCUGUUUAAUCUUUGGAACCUACCUACCACUAACAGUUCCUUGACACCUCAUAACCAUGCAAACUCCAAUUAGCAGAAUUGAACAUAUGUAAAUUAUACAAGCAAUAUUCAGGAAUAUUUUGUUUAAUUGAAAAAAUUAAAAUAGAUGGUUGUGCUUU